GUACCACCUCUACAUCAACUACACCUGCGGCUGGAGUGUGGUUUCCAUCUCUGCAACUGCCAACUACUUCUGGGGCGGAGGGCUGGGAUCCGAUGAUUAUUCUGGCUGGGCGUUCGAUGAAGAAAAUCCUGAUCCAGUCCUCAAUGCCAAGCAUACACGCGACAUCUACCUCACAGACUCUCCUGACUAUGGUCGUCGCCAGCUAAGCGUGCCGAUUCUGUUUGACAAGAAGACGCGCAAGAUCGUUAGCAAUGACAACAUCCAGAUCGGCUACAUCCUGAACUCAUGCUUGAAUGAGCUGCUAGAUGAGGAGGGCCGGAACCAGGAGCUGUACCCAGAGGCCUUGCGGCCGCAAAUCGACGAAUUGAACGCACUGAUCUACCCAAACAUCAAUGAUGGGGUCUACCGUGUGGCCUUUGCCAAGGAGCCAGAGCUGAAGGAGCAGAUGCGCCAGAAUGUUUUCAAGGCGCUGGCGGAGGUGGAGGCAAUCCUCGCAAAGUCGAAGGAGAAGGCUAAGGCGGAAGCUCGCGAGAAGUUUAAUUUGGUGGCGGACUCUGGGGACAGCCUGUCGCUUGCGGACGUCCGCGCCUUUCCACACCUCAUCCGCUUCGACACCUGCUACUUUACGGCCUUCAAGUGCAACGUCCGGCGGCUGAGCUCUGGAGAGUAUCCGCACAUAAUGGAGUGGUUGGAGCGCAUGUACACCAUGCCGGAGGUCAAGCAGACAUGCAAGAUCUAUCUCGCCUGCAUGGGCUACAACCGAGAUCACGGAGAUGGUGCCGGGGAGCGAGCCUGGAAAGAGGAGAGGUACGAUUGGCUCGAAUGCUGA